AUGGCUUCUGCUUUGCUCAAAUACUUGAGCCCCCGCGCUUCAGUCCUGCCGCCAGUGUGUACCCUUCCGCACUCUAUCUCUUGUGCGACUAUUUCUGUCAAAGAAGACUAUGACGAGGAUGACCCUUUUAUCCAAGCCCCGGAAGCAGAAUAUGUGUCACCGUACUCACAAAAUGGAAUUGAUAGCAACCAGCGCACGCGCAACCAGUUCAGACCUCGAAAUGCCACCAAGGGCACCUCGAGCUAUCAAUUGCGACAGUAUGCGGAGGCUACCCUUGGAGGGGGCAGUUUGAAGAAGAUUGUCAAGCUACCUGAGGGUGAAGACGAGAAUGAAUGGUUGGCAGUCAAUAUGGUGGAUUUCUACAACCACAUCAACCUUCUCUACGGAUCGAUCACCGAAUUUUGCUCUCCACAAUCGUGCCCUGAGAUGAAGGCAACCGAUGAAUUUGAGUACCUGUGGCAGGAUUCCGAGAACUACAAACGACCAACGAAGAUGCCGGCACCCACUUAUAUCGAACAUCUGAUGGGCUGGGUUCAAAGCAACAUCGAUAAUGAAGCUGUUUUCCCCAGUAGAAUUGGCGUGCCGUUCCCCAAAUCCUUCCCGAGCAUGAUCAGACAAGUAUUCAAGCGGAUGUAUCGUGUCUAUGCCCACAUCUACUGCCAUCACUACCCGGUGAUUCGUGAACUGGGUCUCGAGGCUCAUCUCAACACCAGUUUCAAGCAUUACGUCCUUUUCAUUGAUGAACAUGGUCUCGCCAGCGGGAAAGAUUUCUGGGGGCCUCUAGGAGAUCUUGUUGAAAGUAUGCUCAAGAGCGACUAG